AUGGUCCAGAAAUAUCAAGAGGAUGCACACCUUCAACCCAGCGUCAUGAAGGCUGCGGAGGACAUGCCACCACCCAAGAUGGCACCUGGGCAGGAGGGAUCUGGUCCCGGAGGAUAUGCGGAGUUCUCCUUGCCAUGUGCCACACCCCGGGUGCCCCAGCUUGUCACCUACUUGCUCUUGGCCAGCGGGGACAUCCAGGUGGCCAAGGUGGUGGUGGAGACCCCAAAGCUGGUCUUUUUCAACGUCAACAUCUCGCUCAGGUCCAGUCUAGACCUGCUCACCGACUCCUGCCAGGCGGCCUCUGCCUGGGGCACCCACGGGCCCAGCACCACACUGGAACCUGAGCCCGGGCGGGGGGCAUGUGGGGUGCAGAUGAGCGGGGAUCUGCUGAAGGUGGAAGCUGAGCUCCUGAGGCUUGAAGAAGUUGCCUGGGGCCAAGGACCAGGUGCCAGGGCUGGUUUCAGACCUCUCUGUCGGGCUUCCAAACCUGCCUUCCUCCAGCUUGAUCCUCACUCAGAACCGAUGUCCCAGCUACACCUUGCAGGUCCUCGGGCAGCCAUGACCUGCCAGGCAUCCUGGGGCAGCCCACCCAUCACCUGCAGCCUGGCUGGGGAGACGGGCACGUCCACAUGGAGCGGACGCUGCUCAGGGCAGCCUGCCAAUUUCUCCUUCCUGUCAUCCCGGAUGUCAGACUAGUUCCAGUGUAAGCUGCCCCUGGGACCCACCUUCAGGUUGGCCGGCAGCCUCACCUCCAUCGCAGCUAUGGCCUCUGGGAUGUUGGGCUGGAAACACACAAUGGGUGUCCAAUGCAGGGAGGAGGAGAGCUGCCAAGAUGAUGCCUCCCGGGGACCAGGGCCAGCCAGGAGCUUCUGCCCUCCAUGGUAAUCACAUGGGUCAGUCUCUCCAGGUGGAGACAGGAGGCAGGGGCCCGGCCUCCUGGGGUCCCCUCUCCAGGACCAUCACUUCAUGGACAGGUAAAGUGACGCGGCCUUUGUGCUGUCUGCCCUCAGCACUGCAGACCUCUGCAUGCUCCAUGGUGGGCCUUCUGCCUUCUCAACUUCUCUCCUUGGCUGCUGGGGCCUCUUCCUGGCAAGUCUAUCCUUUCCAGAGGCCAGACCAAGCGGAGCCAGGCCACCUCCCCAAGUUUCAGUGUUUCCUUCUGCAUGGGAUACAGACUGGUUCCACUGACCACGCAAGGGCCAGCCUCACCCUCUUGGUGAUUCAGCCCCCGUGUUCAGUGGGGUGAGUAAGCUGCCCGCCUCUCCUCCUGCCCAGGGUCUCGAAGCGCCAGGCACCAUAAAACUCGAGAGGCCUCUGGCGGGGGCGGCUGACAGGUGUGCUCUUCCAACCUGGACCGUCAGCUCCUUUGUCACGAAGGUGGUGACCAGAGACCCCAGCCCUGCCACCAUGCAGGAGGACCCAUCAUCAGAAUGAAGAAAAGCCCUGGGUGGGAAGAAUGGACACAAA